GCAACAUUGUUACUUGAUAAUACCAAAUAAUAAAUUAAGAAACUCAAGUGAUGUAUCACUUUAACUAAACAAAGAACUUGUCAUUUCCCAUUCUACACUAUCCUUAUUUUGCUUAGAAGAGCACCCACUGAAUUUUGAUACAAGCAGUAACAAGAAAGAAACAACAUUAAGUUUGGACUCCCGCUAAAACAUUGAAGACGUGUUAUAACGUCUUGUAUAAGAGAAAGGUUGACGUUAUCAUUCGUCCAAAAUGGAUGACGAUCAGCAGUUUUGUUUGCGAUGGAACAACCAUCAGAGCACUCUGAUCAGUGUCUUUGACAAUCUUUUGACAAGUCAGACACUUGUGGAUUGUACAAUCGCUGCUGAAGGAAAAUUUCUUAAAGCACACAAAGUUGUUUUAUCAGCAUGUAGUCUAAUUUUGCAACCUUACUUCAACAACAAUAUGAUAAACAUCCUAUUCUAAUUUUGAGAGAUGUUAAGUAUCAGGAGUUGACCGCAAUGAUGGACUAUAUGUAUCGUGGCGAAGUAAAUAUUUCGCAAGAUCAAUUAGCGGCUUUAUUAAAAGCUGCUGAGUCAUUGCAAAUUAAAGGUUUAUCCGAUAAUCGCACUGGUGCACCGAAUCCUGAACAUCAUCGGGGUUUAAACAUACCUGGUAGUGUCGGUGGUGGUUCAAGCAAAUUAAGUUCUGGUUAUACAUUAGAACAAACCAAACGUGCACGUGUUGGACAAUCAGGUAUGGAUUCACAAGAUUUGUCUGCAUCACGUGAAGGUUCUUCUAGUCCAUCAAGACGUCGACGAAAAGUUCGGCGCAGGAGCAUUGAAAAUGCCAUGACUGAUAUUCAUGACAACUCAAACUCCUCUCAAAUGCAAUCUAAUCAAUCCGCAUUACUUCAGCAGCCUGCAAACUUAGCUGGUGCUGGCGCUAUAACAGCAGCUGCGGCACAAAUUCCGACAUCAUCAACAGCAUUAUCGACAGGAAUGAGUGUAGGUGCUACAGGAGCAACCUCAGGUCAAUGAUGAAGAAAUGGGUAUGGAUGAUUUAGAUCAUAAUGCUGGUACAAGUCAAGGAGGAGAAGGAUCUAGUCAAGGCUACGCACCCUGGCAACAUGAUAGAUCUCAGGAUGAAUUGUUACUGACAACACAAGAUGCACAGCAACGGGACCCACAAG